AUGCUUCCAUAUUACAACAUAUUCAGCGCUCUACCCGUCCUGCGCCUAACAGGAUUCGAAUCCGGGAUAGCUCAGCCAAUCUACUACCAAUUCAUAAACUAUCCACAACAACCUGCAACAACGUCAACAACAACAACACUCAACUAUACCCCGCAAGAAAUGUUACUUUGUCAUUCGCAACAACACAUCUCUACCAGCUCAACCGACUUCUCGGAUUCGACUUUUAUAAAACGUUACCGAAAAGAACCGAAUAGUAUCGAUUUGUUGUGUAGCGACAACGGUAAAAAUGGUGAAGACUCAACAUUAAAAUGUAGAAAUUUCAUGUUUAACGGUUUCGGUAAUGAACCGGUAAUUUGGAAAAAAAACUCGACGAAUAGUGAUGUGGUAUUCGCAAACAACAUAAAUCACAGACGUAACGUUAUCAAAAAUCCAAAUUUUAUCAAGAAAAACUCAUCUAGAAAAAGAAAAUUUUCUAGGAUUGCUUCAAGUAGGAAGUGUGCAUUGAACUCAAAGAAACCAUCCUUCAAAGGUUUUUCAAGUUGUAUCUAUCCACAUAUCUUCGACAUCAAUGACAUCAUCAACAACAACAACUGCAACAUGAAUGAUACGAAUGACAUCAACAACAACAUUUGCAAUGUUAGUAGCAGCUGCGUUAACGACAACAACGACGACAUCAAUUCUCACGACAUCAACUCCUGCAAAAUUAAUUCUGAUAACAAUAACAACCACAUCAGUGAUAACAACAUUGAUAACAUUAACCGAGAAAAUGACAUCAGCUCCAACAGACGCAAUGAUGAUUUCUAUAAAGUUUAUACAGCAGUCAAUAAUUGCCGAGAUUUCAGCGUUAAAGAUGACAGCAACAGGUAUAAAAUUAACAAUAAAAAUGACUUAAACAAAAACAACAUUGAUCAAAAUUAUCACAUUAAUACUAUCAAUUCAAAGAACGCCAGCAUGUUAAACAACACGCCUGACACCGCGUCCGACAUUAGCAAUAGUAGCAGCAACAACAUUAACCAUGAUAACAUCAUCACCAGUGAUAUCAAUUACACCAACAACUACAUUGGAGAAUUUGACAAAGUUGUCGCGCCAAACAUCGCAAACGACAUCAACAACAUCAACAAAAAUAGAAACAUCAACGAUGGCAAAAACGCUAACAACAGAAUGAACAAAAAUUCCUCCACGUUUUUGAAACUUCUCCAUUGGAAAAAUAAACUCGGAAGGAAAGGCGUGCUAACGACGAGAAACAAAAUUUUCUCACCAACAACUGUAACCACAUCCGAACUGCAGAACAACGAGUCAGAACAAGUUCAACAGUCAAUGGGACGUUACCAUCAUACGAAACUAAAUCCUCCUAUGAACAGCAUAACUCUAGACCAAUACCGACAAUCCUUUUUUCAUAGUAAUAGUUCAUUUGGUCUAAACUCAUUACAAAAAUCACAUAAGUUAAAUCAGCCACAACUACGGCUACAACAACUACAGCCACUACUACUACAGCCACAACAACUACAGCUUCAACAACUACAACCGCAACCACAUCUGCUACAACACCAACCACAAUCAUUCCGAAACUACCACUACAGCCACAACAACCACUACAGCCGCAACUACCACUACAGCCGCAACUACCACUACGGCCACAACUACCACUACGGCCACAACUACCACUAUGGCCACAACUACCACUACAGCCGCAACUACCACUACAGCCACAACUACCACUACAGCAACAGCGACAAAAACGCCGUCGUCGACGACUGCACUGUUCGAUAUGCGACGUGCAGUUGA